AUGCUCGAGCGCCGGGUCGACGGCGGAUACCAGAUCUUUUCUCCAGAGAUUGAGCGAGAUUCUCCCAUCGCCGCCCAGCGUGGCGUCGUAGCACGCACGUACGAGCGCCCACGCGGCCGCUCUUUGCCGAAGUGGGACCGAACCGACGACGCUGUGUCCACGAGGCCGGCGCCGCCGCCGCCGCCGCCGCCGCCGCGACCGGCCUCAAAGCUGGGUUUGAUCGGAAGCGGGUUUUCGCAGCAGCCGUGGAACUGCCCGGCGUGCACGUACCUGAACGAGGACCCCGCGUUUCGCGCCGCCUGCGAGAUCUGCAACACCCCCCGACCGAGCGCCGCCGCCGACGCCGUCGGCACCGGCACAAGCGGAGACGGUGGCGAGCAGCGGCACGACGAUUGGGACGACAGCGAGGUCCUGAAAAGCUGCGGCGGCGGCGGCUCGAGGGGAGGAGGCGGGAUACCGGCGACGGCGAGCGCGAUGAUGUCUUCGUUUUCACUGGCGGUGCCACCGGCGGUGGCGGCGGGGGGAGGGCCAACGGCGUUCGCCUCUACCGUUGCUGCUGGCGCCGGCGCCGUGGCACCGCCGCCUCAGAUCGAAGCGUGCAUCCCCAGCGGUUUUUCUGUCGGCGGCGGGGAAGCGGGCGGCCUUCCAGUAGGCGGGAUCGAGGUUGAUGAUAACGAGGUAGAUGGGAUUCUGGGAGGCGUUUCUCCAGGGGGCGGGGCUUUCCCGGUCGUUUCUGGCGCCUAUCAGGCCGCGAGCGGGCAUUGCGGUAGUGCCACCGCUGCUUCCGCCGCCGCCCUGGGUGGGGGUUGGGAAGCGGGGGACGAGUGGCAGGGAUUCGGAAGCGGGUCGUUCGGGCAGGAGUCCCCCGUCAACUGCUCUUCGCGUCAACCCACGAAGGCGUUUGAGUUUGCGUUUGGAAAUUCGGAGGCUGGCGGCGGCGGCGGCGGCGGUGUCGGCGAUAGUACUGGUGAUGGCAAUGAUGGCAGAGGAGUUGACGACGUGGAGUUUGGUAGAGAAGGGUGCGCACCGUGA